UCUCGCAGAAUUUCCGACGGUGCUUGAACGCAGCAGCAGCGGCAGCGCUCGGCCACAGAGCGGUGAAGCCGGGCUGCCAGCCUGUGUCUGUAAGGCCCUGCUGCACAUCAAAGACGGGUGAGACAAACAGAAGAAGCACUGUGGUCCUCUUUAGCAGCUGCUGCUCAGUCCGGUUCAUUUCAUGACUGCAGCUCCGCUCGCUCGGUCUCUCUCAUAUCUGCAGAUGGAUCCAGAAGCAGGUGCGCUGCCGGGAUUUUCUCCUUAGGUAAUUGUCUCAAAGGGUUACACACUUGGGGAGGCAGCACCGCUGUUGUUUGUUGUCACUUCCGGGAAAGCCGUUUGUGAAUUAGCAGAUCACAUCGCCGGUGAGGAGGAGAAGUUCAUCAGCAUCGAUGCUACGCGCGGGCAGGAUGGAGGAGUUUGUCACUGAGGAAGAGGAGCCGUGGUACGACCAGCGGGAUCUGGAGCAAGACCUGCACUUGGCAGCGGAGCUCGGCAAGACUCUGCUGGAACGCAACAAGGAGCUGGAGGACUCCCUCCAACAGAUGUACAUCAACAACGAGGACCAAGUGCAAGAGAUAGAGUACCUGUCCAAGCAGUUGGAAAUGUUGAGGGAGAUGAAUGAGCAGCACGCAAAGGUGUAUGAGCAGCUGGAUGUGACUGCCAGAGAGCUGGAGAUCACCAAUGAGAAACUGGUACUGGAGAGCAAGGCCUCGCAGCAGAAAAUAGACAGAUUGACGGGCACCAUGGAGACUUUGCAGGGUCAGGUGGACAGUCUGACAGCUCGGGUUGAGGAGCUGCGAACUCUGGAGGAGCUGAGAGUCCGCAGAGAGAAGAAGGAACGGCGCAAGACUGUUCACUCCUUCCCCUGCCUCAAAGAGCUCUGCACUGCACCACGGUAUGAGGAUGGUUUCUUGUUGGCUAACCCGGGCAGUGUCGACCUGGCUGAGAGACGGCCGUUGGAUGAAGAAAACGGGCGCCUGAGAGACAUAGUCUCGUCCCUUCGCUCAGCCAUGGCCACAGAGAGGUCCAAGAGGGAGAGCGCUGAGCGGGAGUGUGCCGCCGUGCUGCACGAGUUUGAACGUCUGGAACAGCGUCUCUUAGGAGCAGAGGGCUGCCAGCUGCGGGUUCAGGAGCUUGAGGCUGAGCUCCAGGAGAUGCAGCAGUUGAGGAAGUCCAGGAUGUGUAUGAUUGGGGGCAUGGAAGACGGCCUAGAGACACUGCUCAACAAUGGCCCUGAGACAGACACCCCAGAGUUGAGCACAGGGCUGGAAGAAGGGGGAGAAGGAGGUGCUGGAGAGGGAGGGGCCACAGGGCAGCAGGGAGUCCCAGUGAGGAAAAGCUGCAGCGACACAGCUCUGAAUGCAAUCUCAGCUCGUGAUGCCUCAGGUAGACGUCAGGGCAGUUACGCCAUGCAUGCCAACGGAGUGCGCAAACGGGGCAUGUCCAUCCUGAGGGAGGUGGAUGAGCAGUACCACGCCCUGCUGGAAAAGUAUGAGGAGCUGCUGGGGAAGUGCCGGCGUCAUGAAGAGAGCCUGUGCCAUGCUGGAGUGCAGACCUCGCGGCCUGUCUCCAGGGACCCCUCCAUGAAAGAGUACAGCAUGAUCACCGCAGGGCCUUCAACAUCGGGGGCCAUUGCCACACCUCCCACACCCCCUCAAACUCCCUCCACCCCAGAGGCCCUGGAGGGGAUCAGCAGGCAGGUGGAGCAGGUGGACAAACGGCUCAGCCAGAACACACCGGAGUACAAGGCGCUGUUCAAAGAGAUCUUCUCCCGCUUGCAGAAGACCAAGAGUGACUUGAACUCCACCAAAAGCAGAAAGACUAACAAAUGAGCUGGAGCUCAUUAUAACAGCCGCUGAUACCACAUGCACUGAAGACAGUAAUUACUCAAGACUUAUAUAUCUUAAUUUACCUCAGUGUUUUGAGGGAUUCUUGUUUAACAUGAUUUUAGGGGUGGAUGGCUGUAGUCACAUGGUAGGAUAAUGAAUGAUCUCUAGGAGGGAAGCUAGGCUGAUUAAUUUGAAGCUGCCAAAUGUUAUAAUUCUCCACAUGGAUGAAAAAUCGUUGUAGAUGUGGAUGAAAUGCCUUUUGUGAGAGACUGUAACUGACAAAUUAUCAGAAUGGAAGGUCUUUUUUCUGACUAAGGACAAUCUAGGACAAUCUAGUAUGUGAUGUAGUAUCACAUACUAGGAGUAUUUGAGAUGUACUGAUGCAGAAAUGAUCUAAUCUAUUGCCAUUUAUUUUUCAAGUAUGGAAAAUAAUUGAGCCAAAUAAUUAAUAUCAAAAAAAAAGAGAAAAAAACUGCCAUUGGCGUUGAAACUACUUACAUUUGAAGCAUGUAUCUGUCUAAUAAACACUAAGUGCUAGAAUGGUCUUUAAAGUAGGUAAAAGUAAUUCCCACUUGCUUUUGACCAGCUUGAGCUGCUUAAAGAUGCAAGAGUGAUAUUUAGACUGUGUAUUUUGAGUUGGUUGGAUGGUACAAAUCUUUCCAGACAGCUGCCAAAGUGUACUGUGCAUAAGUGUUUGAUGGAGUUCUGUUUGCUUACGUGUGUUAUUAUGAAGGAGAUGACACCUGAAUGGGUGGAGAUGCCUCUGUAGUGUUUUUACAGCAUGCAUUACAAACUACAGGGGACGAAUGAUCUGCAUCUUUGUUUCAGGGAUUUGUUUGAUCAUUUCAUUGAAAAAUAAUCAGUUUUACACUGUGGUAUCGCAUUGUCAGUCAUCCUUGUAGUAGUCUAUUUACAUUGUUCGUUAAUUAAAAUAAAUGUAUCAACCAUGUUUUUUUUGUUAAGUGCUC